AUGACCAAUUCGGAGGAUCACCACCGUAAGAUCCUUCGAGGCAACACAGAAUCAUCAUCCAGAAACACGAUUCCCAACGAUCUCAUCAUCGAGAUACUCUCUAGAUUAACGGGGAAAUCCAUCGCAAUCUGUCGUUGCGUCUCGAAGCAAUGGAAGGCCUUACUUCGCAGUCCAGACUUCACCAAAUCAUUCCUGACCCGUUCAUCGUCUCGGCCGCGUAUUUUGAUCACGUACCAAGCCGAGGGUAAGUGGCACUUCUUCUCAGCCCCUCAUCCUCGAAAUCUUGUUAAGGAGUUAACUCUAGUAGAACCAGAUUAUCAUAUGAGUUUCUCCGGACAUCCGUACACGGAAAAGUGUCUAUCUGUUAACGGAUUACUAUGUCUUAUCGAUACAUAUAUGUUAAUGGAAAAGAGAGAUAGGGUUCCUGUGAUAUGUAACCCUAGCACGGGUCAGUACGUACCUUUACCCAAGGUGAAAGCGAAGAACAAUGAUUUGAGAAGCUUUUUCGGGUACGAUCCGAUCAACAAACAAUACAAGGUUAUGUGCAUGACCGUGACAAGAUAUAGACAACAAGAUAACUCCAAGGAGCAUCAAGUUCUGACUAUAGGAAAAGGAAAACUAUCUUGGAAAAAGAUCGAAUGCUCGUUUCCUCAUUAUCCUGAUAAUAGGCGCGAUGGGAUAUGCAUCAACGGGGUUUGUUAUUACAUAGCCCGGUCGGUCCCCAAAGAGCCUAGUUUGAUAGCAUGCUUUGAUGUUAGGUCUGAGGAAUUUAGUUUUAUAAAAAUGGCAGAGAGCCCUAGUUUAAUCUACGUUUCGGCUCUCGUGAACUACAAGGGAAAGUUAGGUCUCGUAGUUCAUAAUUGUGGUAGUCACGGUGAGUUAUGGGUUUUGGAUGAUACCAAGAAGGAGAAAUGGUCGAAGCAUAUAUUUGCUUUGCCGGAUGAAGUUUAUCAUGAGAUAAUAAGAUCAACAUGGGCAACCGAUACGGGUGAAAUCGCUUGGGUCUUAAGUUCUUUGACAAGACCAUUAUCUGUUUUCUACUCUAACCUGGAGACGAAGAGUGUCAAAAGAGUUAUAAUUGAAGGAAUUGAUGAAGAGGCGUUGAUGGGUAUUCAUCGCUUUGGAGCUUUUAUAGACCAUGUUGAGAAUGUGAUGUUUCUGUAA